UCCACAUCAACACCCAUCGAGGCACCACGACCAUCAAUUCAACGCUGAGGAAGUCGGGUUAUGACCGGCAUGACCGCACUCUACUUGACUUGACCUCACUCACGUCCGCACCCUAUUCAGACUGCACAAUCCAGCUUGGCACAAUUAUAUGUGAUCAAUCUGUGCGCUGUUGAUCAAUCACCAUGGAAGGCCUCAAUCCAUCCGACCUGGUUGAACGCCUGGGCAGCGAUGAGGACUCCGUGCGCAAGAUGGCCGCUUUCAAGCUACAGGGCAGUAUCGGCGACCCUUCGUUCGCAGACAUGUUUAUUGCGGAGGGCGGAUUGAGCAAGCUGCGCUAUCUGACACUGGUCACCACUGGAAACACUCUGGCGUAUAGUUUAACGAGUUUCGCGCGCUUGCUAGAGGUCGAUAAGGGGUGGGAUUAUGUGGACGAGGAGCUUGUGGAAAGGAUCGUCUAUCUCAUCGUUACGCACCCUCUGGUCAAUAUUCUUCGUGGAGCCAUGUCAAUGCUUGUCUCGAUCGUCUCGCACCCGCAUAACCCUAGUCGAGCGUCCCAGGCCGGUUUGUACGGAUUUCGAGCGCUGAAACCCGCGAUUUCAAAGUAUCCGCAGUUCUUAGAGAUGCUCGUCAGCAGGCUCUCAUCGGCCGAUCAUGCGCUGUGCGCGAAUGCAUUGCAGUUGAUCAACUCAUUAAUGCGAGACUCAAUCGCCAACGACGAAGAAUCCGAAUGGCCAAAGUUUAUCAAACGUUUGCAAGACCUAGGUGUUAUCCGCGCCGUCUACAUUCUGAUGCAAGGAAGCGCACUUCAGGACCACGCUCACCCGCUGAUCGAGUUUCAAUCGCUUACCAAGCUUCUGCUGCGGAAAUGGAAGAAUGUGGCUGUGGACUUGGAGAAACCGGAUCACAGGAGAGCGCUCAAGGGUAUUCAUAUCGCCAGUAAUCCCGAGAAGGCUCGGGACACUAGCUCUGCAAAUGGUGACGAGCUGAGGAAAUCUCGCAAGCAUAACCCGGAGAAGUGGCGACGGCUGGGAUUUUAUUCUGAAAGUCCCGCGGGGGAAUUCUAUGAAAUGGGCUUCUUGGGUAUGAUGGAUUUGACAGACUACGUCAGGAAACAUCAGGAUGAGUUUCAGAAGAUGCUGUUAGAACAAUCGGCAAAGCCUAUUGAGCAACGAUGCCCCAUUGCGCGUGCCUCACUCGCGAUCACGGCCGUUUUGUAUGAGCAUUUUGAAGUCGAACGAUCAGCUACAGAUGACGCCAAAAACUAUCUCGUGCUUGAAGCGCGUUCCAACUUUGACAAGGUCUUUAAACCUCUGCUUCUGCACUGGUCGCGUAUCCAUGUCGCUGCUCUGCAUGCGUUCUUCCGUCUCUGGAAGGCUACAGAAGCGGAAAUUGUGGAUUUCGACAAGAUCGUUGAAUUAGUGCGCAUCCUCGUGGAAUCAGUCGUUGGCGCGGCACUGCGUACAAAGGAUGUCCAGGAUGUCGAAGAAGAGCUGGCGGCUUUCGAAUACCAGCGUCUUCGCGAGCUGCAGAUGGAGCUGUUGGAGCUGACGUACGAAGAUGCUUGGGGCCAGCACUUGCGUCAAGUCCGUGACGAACUCCAACAUGAAGCAUUGCAGUUUGUCAAGGAGCAGAGGAUAAGAUGUCUUUUACAAGGAGCAUGGUUUCCCAACGAGACAGGUUCAUCCAAGACCGACGUGUCGAAUGCGGCCAAGACGGACUCGAAGCGGACUCUAGCCUUCAAGUAUGUCCAGCUCUCACAUAACCGCAGAUACCUCCACUUUGGCGAUUUCGAUACUGCAGACGAUACUGUUCCGUCAUUGGACACUCUUCCCAGUAAAAUCGACCUCUCUAUCGUCUCGUCAGUCGUAUCCAACGUCUCCGCCUCCUCUGACGACUCCUCAGGCUCCACGAUCAAAACCCUCCCUCACCAACCUUCCUCCUCCACGAAAAUCACAAUUCACGGCUACGCGCCCGCCUCACCACCGACAUCCGGCAACACAGCCGCAGCCAAACCCCCUGGGCACACUCGCAGCGGAAGCAAGACGCAGAAGGAAAUCCCGCUGCUGACGCUUCGUCCACAGACGCACAGCAUCGCAUCCGAAUGGCUAGAUGGGCUGCUGAUGCUGCUAAAUCAACAGCCUAUUACUUCGGAGACCAGUAAGCUGGUAAAUCUUAUUAGUAACUAUGGCCUGAAAAUCCGUCUGCUGAAUGUGCGUUUUGAUGAUGCUGCAUUUGCCGGUGAGCCCCCUACUAUUCCGAGUAGGGAGGGGCUUGAUGAAGAUUAUUAUUAUGAUUUGUUUGGCGGUGCUUAGGAAUUGGGGGGGUUAUUUUUGUAUACAUGUGCCGGUUGUUGUCGUAAUGGAGGAUUUAUACCCUUGUAUUAAAUUAGUCAUGUGAAUAUGUCGUGGAUAUUGAACUAUCAUUACUUAGUAUGUUUUUCGGUUUAAUAUAUACUUGAACAAUUUAAACGUCAAAC